UCCUCGAGGGGAACCACAGCCUCUCUCGCUCCCAGGUCGUCGACGUCGCAGUGCAUUCGCGUCUCAACUUCCAAACGUCCAAGACAUAUAAAGGACUUCCCUCCCCCACUGAAACACAGUCGAUAGAUAAGAGAGGAAAAUAUCGAAAGGAAAUUAUUCCCUCUCUCAUUUUUCACCCGACUUUUCCCCUCUUAGCCGAAGGGAAAUAAAAAAAAAAGAGCAAGUGUGGAUUUUAUAAGUGCCGUCUGCGUGACUAGGAAAUAUUUCCCCUCGACGCAGAAGGGAAGGUGAGAAACGCGCCACUGCAGUCAGUCUCUCGCUUGUGUCGAGGUCUCAGCACCCAAGCCUAAGACGUAUUCUUGACUGUUUACUUCGACGUCAAACAUGAACAACAUGAAAAUCGCAGUCGGGAUGGUCCUGCUCCUGGCCACACUGCAUGGCGCUAAGGCCUGGUUCUGCUACUCGCAAACCCCUGGCAGCACUGAGAAGGCCGGCUGGGUGUUCUGCCCAAGCACAUCCUGCUAUACAGUUGCCGUCAGCCUCUUGGGAAUGGGCGACGCAAAACGAGGCUGUGCAGACAAAACUUACCCCGAUGCCUGCCAAGAGGCCUCUGCCAUUGCAGCUUCCGGCAACGUCUGCUUCUGCAACACCCUCCUUUGCAACGAUUCCUCUGCCAAGGUGCCGGCUUUGUCCCUGCCCUUCCUCGCCCUCGCCUACCUCCUCUUCCACAGGCUCAUGUAGAAGAAACAGGGGAUGUAAAGAGGAACAGGAGACGUGGUGACAGACGCUGAGGACUGUCUUUGUUUCUCUGCAGUGAAUUAUUUUUUUUCUCCUUUUUUUCUGUUGUUGUUGCGUUUGUUCACUGUUUGGAAUUUUUAGGUUUUGGGUGUAGAGGUGGUUUAUUUCUUUAUUUAAGUGUUUGUUUGUUUGUUUGUUAAAAGAAAAAAAAAAUUGGGGGGGAAGUUAAAUGGUCUUUGAGGGAUACCUUUGUUUUGUUUGUAUGUAUGUAGGUUUGUUUAUUUGUUUGUUUAGGGGGGGUGAGUCACCGUCCUUUAUUCUCUCAUUUCUCUCUGCCUUUUCUUGUCUUAUUUGAUGUAUUAUAAUGAUUCGUAUAGGAAGUGGGAUUAGAAGGAGGAAAUGGAAGGAAGGAAGGAAGGAGGUGGAACAGCAGGAGGAGGAGAAGGAGUGACGAAGGGGAGAAGGAGAAGGGGAAAGGAGAGAAGGAAGAGGAGAGGAAAUGGAGGAGGGCUAGGAGGAAGACAAGGCAGCUGAGAAGAAAGAAGAAGAAUGAAGAAUAGGAAAGAAGAAGAAGAGGAGAAGAAGA